UUGUCGCUCGCCACGUCCCCGGACUCGAGCAUCCGAGUCCUCCUCGCCCUCGACGCCGUCACCGGCCAGAACGGACUCCAUCAGGCGCGCGCCUUCACCCAGGCCAUCGAAUGCCACGGCGUCAUCCUCUCCAAGCUUGAUGGCACCGCCAAGGGCGGCAUCGUCCUCGCCAUCACCAAGGAGCUUGGCCUCCCCGUCCUCUACAUCGGCACCGGCGAGCAGCCCGACGACAUCGCCGCCUUCGACCCCCAGCAAUUCGUCGACGCCCUCUUCGAGACCGCUGAACCCUCCGAUGUCGAUGGUCGUUGA